AUGUCCGCGCAACCUGUUACUGUUUCGCUGAAAGAUCUUAAGGAGGGCAACAUUCCCUUCAAGACUCUCCAGGAGGCUUUUGGUCCCGACUCUCUUGGAAUCUUGGUUGUGAAAGAUGUUCCGACUGAGUUCGCUCAUCUGAGACAUCAAACCUUGUCUUAUGCAUCCUACCUGGGCAACUUACCCGAAGAAGAGUUAGUGAAGCUCGAAAAUGUCAAGGCGAAAUACCUGACGGGCUGGUCACUCGGCAAGGAAACCCUCAAGGACGGCCAGGUCGACACGUUCAAGGGCUCAUACUACGCCAACUGCGCAUUCUACGUUGAUGCGACCCUCAACUGCGCCAAGCCCACAGCCGAGUUCAACGAGGACAACUUUCCCGAGUACCUCUCACCUAAUGUCUGGCCGGCUCAGGACGUUCUUCCUGGCUUCAAGCCAAGCCUCGAGAGCCUCUGCCGUGUCGUGAUCGACACCGCCGUCCUUGUCGCUCGUGCUUGUGAUCGGUUCGCCGAGUCGGAAAUCCAGGGUUACCCGAAGGGGUAUCUCGAGCACGUCGUGAGCACGUCGACCACGACCAAGGCCCGUCUGCUGCACUACUACCCGCAGACGCAGGCGGAUCUCGACAAGAUCGGGGCCACCGACGACUCCUGGUGCGCCGAGCACUUGGACCACGGGUGCCUGACAGGUCUGACUUCGGCAAUGUUCAUCGACGAGAAGGAGACAUCGCCGGCGGUGCCCGAGAUCACCAAUGACACAUCGGCCAGCCUGCCGCCGCUCGCGGAGCUUCCGGCGUCGCCUGACCCGACGGCCGGCUUGUACAUCCGCUCGCGCACGGGAGAGACGGUGCAGGUCAAGAUCCCGCGGGACUGCAUCGCGUUCCAGACGGGCGAGACGCUGGAGCGCAUUACGGGCGGCAAGUUCAAGGCGGUACCGCACUUUGUGAGAGGCGUCAAGGCGUCCGUGAGCGAUGGCCGUGUUGCGCGUAACACACUUGCUGUCUUUACUCAACCCAACCUCGGCGAGGAGGUAGACAUGGAGCAACACAUUAACUUUGGCGAGUUUGCUCGAGGCAUUGUGGCUAAGAACACAGUGUCGUGA